GUUAGCAAUGGUUGCUACAUGAGUUAGCAAUGGUUGGAACUUGGUACAUGAUGGGCACGGUCACAGACAAGCUCUACACUCCCACCCAACACCCACUUGACAUGAUGGAACUGUGUCGAGUUGAGUGUGCGUUACCAAACGAGAAGGACUGGGUGAUUGAACAACGCUGCAAAGACAGUGCUUUAGCUGAAAUCACUGGCAUAUUUUGAAGACUCGUUUCGCGUUUGGAGAACCUGAAAAAAGAGGCUCAAUGGAUCACGGCUGCAUUGUCUCUGGUGCUCCUGCUGGCCCGGUGGUCCAAGUAUGUUUCCCCAGUGUGCGUGCAGCAGUUUUGGACAGCCUGAAUCGACAGCGGGAGGAGGGCCGGCUCUGUGACCUUUCAAUCCAGGUGCAGGGACAGGUGUUCAGGGCCCACCGCUGUGUGCUGGCUGCCUCCUCGCCAUACUUUCAUGAUCAGGUGUUGCUGAAGAAUGUGACGACAGUUUCUCUGCCCUCUGUCAUGGACCCUGUGGCCUUUGAAAGUGUCCUGAGUUCAGCCUACACCGGCCAACUGAGCAUAGUGCGUGAUGACAUUGUCAACUACGUGACGGUAGCCAGCUUUCUCCAGAUGUGGCAUAUAGUUGACAAAUGCACAGAGAUCCUGAAGAGACCUCGACCUCUAGCAGAAUGCAACCCUGGGGAUGUUGCAGCUGGCACACACCAUGGUGCCUCCUCAAGGCAGCAGUCCCCAAGCAGCACUGACUGCCUAUACAUGGAGAGAGAGGGGAAAGAGAAGGAGAAGAGGACCUACGGCCAGGAGCAGAAUGCUCUGCCUCCAUUGGCCACGUGGAGGAGGCCCCAUCAGUUCCCCAGGUGGGGCCACCCCAGGCCCUCACCCCAGCCAGCCAUUUCCAUGCCUGUCCAGCACCUAGCUGACUCACAGCUGGACUCCCACCCUGCUGGGGAGAGUGACUACUCCAGCUGUGAGGAGGUGUGGAUGUCCAGCCACAGCAAAGCCAGCCCCCUAGGACAUCAUGAUGGGAGAGGACUGGACCAUAGCCACACCAGGCAUGGGGGGUUUCCUGGUGAGGCAUUGAGACUGAGACCUAGACUGAGACAGAGGGCAGCACCACCAAGUGCUGAGAAACUGCAUGGCAGGGAUAGAGGAAGUGGAGAGGGCUUUGGAGAAGAGCCUCAGGAGAAGAGGGGGACUGAAAGAGGGAUUGAAGCAAAUGAAGGAAUGGGAGAAGAGUUGGAAGAGGAGAAGAGGGAGGGUCCUGAGCGGAGAGGACACUCUGACUUCCACACUAGUGUACACCAAGGUGAGGAGGGAGGACAGCCAGAGGGGAGAAAGAGCUCAGGGGAGCUGCAGAAGAAAGAGGAGAGACAGUUGGGGAGAUGCUCAGCCCUGACUUCUCCCCAUGCUGGGGAACCAGAUGAGGUGAUUCCUGGACCCUCCUGCUCAGCUCCUACACCAUCGACCCAAAUGCAGUGGCAGGCCAGUCCCUGGUCUCAGCAAGUAGCUAGGCCGCAAGCUGGAGAGGAAGACUACAGAAGAGAAGACGACAAAGAAGAUGACGAGGAGGAAGUGGACUUUGGCCGAUUUGCGGAUGGUGCCUUUCGAAGGGAAACCUAUGAUGAGAUUGAGGAUGGCACCGGACAGGUUUCUCAGAGACCCUUAGUACCUGCCUGUCCUGAUGACAAUGACUUUGUCCUGGGGGCCCCAGAGUUGAACUGGCCCAAUGGGGCAAACAUGACCCAUGGUGGUGGUACCCCAACCCCCACCUCCAGCUGCCACCUGUCCCCAUCCCCUGCUCCAUUCCCCCCUUCCUCCUCACCCCCCAUCCCAUCUUCCUCCUCGUCCGUCUCCCUUGCCGGGGCCCCUUACACAGGAAAAGUGCACUUCUGCCACUGUGGGAAGGCCUACACACUGAAGAGUAUGCGCGACCGCCACGUCAAGAUGCAGCACCUCAACCUGCGGCCCUUCGCUUGCCCCGUGUGCGCCAAGAGCUUCAAGAUGAAGCACCACCUGACCAAGCACCUGAAGACCCACGGCGGGCUGCGGCCCUAUGAGUGUGGCCUGUGUGGGAAGAAGGUCAUCUGGAGGGACAGUUUCCUGCGCCACCAGGCCCGCUGUGAGAGACUGGCCGCCAGCUAUGAUGGAGCCGCUGCCAGUAGUAACACCACAGAGGCCGCUGACAUGGAUGAUGGUUAUGCCUAUGGGUUCGAGGAGGGGGAGGUUUAUUUUUCACAGGGUGGGCAGGUGAAAGUGGAGCAGGCAGACUUUCAAGGGGAGGCAGAGUCUGGGAUGAGUGCGUUGUUAGGGGGUGAGGUUGGGGCUGAAAUAGGCUCUCAGUCAAGGACUGUGGUUAGUCACAGCUUUAAGGAGGAAGCCAGUGACAGGUUUAGUAGCUGAAGCUAAAGGAGGGAGACUGGUGAAAUAUUGUGGAAUAUAGGGCCCGCAGCACCUGAAUUUGGUAUUAGAUAGGGUGAUGAUUAUGUUCAUAAUGGUCCAUGUGUAAACCAUUAACACUCCGAUCCAUGUUGAUACACCUGUUUGAACAACUAUUCUAUGAGGGAGAUUUCGGUUUUAUUAUUUCUUUAGACUAUCCCUGUCAUUGAUAUCUCGAAAGAGGGAACAAACAUGUCAUUUGCUCGAUGUGAAUCAUGUGGUUUUACAAGUUUGUGAAGUGUGAUGUGAGCACCAGUGAGUGCAACUUUGGUUUUAGAAGUGGGGGGGGACAUAUAUCAAUUAUAUAUAUUUUUUUAUCCAGUCGGAUAAACACU